AUGCCCCAAGAUGCUGAAGCCCUGCCUGCAACGGAACUCGUCAGCUGUUCAUUGGCUGGCUGGAAUUUCUGCCAUUGGUCAUCCGCACCACCCUUGCCUGAAACGUGGUCCUUCCAAAGCUCUUCUUCGUCCAUCCUUGCUCCAGUCGCUGCUCCAGGGAAUAUGAAAGGCAACGUAGCAUACCUGAAAGGAAGAAGCCUCAACGGCAACCGUGGAACAGCCCUGCUCAACUCGCCUCUGGUGGGACCCCAGCCGGGCUUGGCUUGUUUCUCGUUUUGGUACCACAUGUUUGGCAACCUAGCAUACCUGAAAGGAAGAAGCCUCAACGGCAAUCACGGAACAGCCCUGCUCAACUCACCUCUGGUGGGACCCCAGCCGGGCUUGGCUUGUUUCUCGUUUUGGUACCACAUGUUUGGUGGGCGGAGCGCCACGCUGUGGCUGAGCGUAGUGAAGUCGCCAACUUCUUUUGGCACACAGACUUCUCUGCCGCUGCUUAUUCAGCAGGGUCGCACGACGGCAGACAUUUGGCACAACGUACGCCGGACCGUGAAGCUUGAUAGCAUUCACAACAAGCUCGUAUUCGUCCUAUCAAGUGGACAGUCUGCCGACAGUGAAGUCGAGUUGUCUUUGGGACCUCUGAGCUUAACUACGGGAAAAUGUGACGUGCUUACGGAUGCUCGUGGGUACUGCGACUUUGAAUUCGACACUUGUGAUUGGACGAUUGAGAGUGGGUGGCAGCGAGAACAAAAAUCAAGCGCGCAAUUAGCCCUCGACUCGUCUUCUGGUCCUGUCAACUCAGUUUACACCCUGACGGCAACGCAGAGCACAGAUUCAUCCACUGACGCCGUUGUGAGCAGUCCUGAAUGGCCGGGGCAAAACCAGCCACAAUGCCUGGAGUUCUGGUAUUCGUCGGCGGCAGGGAUGUCAGCACGCUUACAGGUGGAAGUUGUGGCUAACGGAAAAAGUGAAGUCGCGUGGGAGCAGCCCCUGAUCGUUGGAAAAGAGUGGAUGCUUGCACGAGCGGAAAUCCUUCGGAAGAAAAAAUUCAAGGUCGUGUUCCGCGCAACGUUUCCAGAGAGUGGGCCAACAUCAAUCAGCCUAGACGACGUCGUUCUGAGGCCAGAGCCAUGCCGCCAUCUUGCCCACUGCACAUUCACCGAUGGCCUCUGCGGCUACGUGAACAAAUUCCAGAGAGACCUUCGCUGGCUCGUAGGAACAGGCCGUUACGAGAAUCCUAAACUUCAGCCAGCUGUGCCUCGACAAGAAGACUCCCGUCCAUUCGCUUACCUGGACCUGACAACGGGCAGAUCGGACACUACUGGGCAAACAUAUGGUACUAUACCAGCGGCAGCCAAGUUAGUGAAGCUCCUUAGCCCUCUGUUUGAUGUUCUUUAUGACAAAACUGAGCUCUCAAUCCGGUAUUACCGAAGUGGACCAGACAUAACUUCGGCCAACCUCUCCGUCUCUUGCUUUGGAAACGCAUCCAAUCCGAAGGACCCCGAAGCCCAAUUUACAAGACAACUUCAGAGGGUGCUUCAAUGGAGUGUCUUGAACUUGGGACUGAAACGAGGCACACGCUGCCAGUUGUCAGUGCUUGUGACUCGAGGUGAUGGCACCAAUGGUACCAUGGCCAUCGCAUCUGUGGAUGUCAAACGCAUGAACGCAGGUAUCAAGCCAACGAAGGACGUUGAUUCUCCCGUACGGUGUACUUUCGAUGACGGAACCAUGUGUGGAUGGAAGUCGGGAAACUUCCCCGUCAAAUGGGCGCUCAACGAUUACGCAAACAAGAUGCCAGGCUUUCCACGCUUCGAUCACACCACCAAGAAGUACAGAGGGCGAUUUGCAUUUGCCACACACAAAGACGUCGAAGCACAGCACGCGGUUCUCAACAGCCCCGAUUUAGACGUUAACGCCACCGGUGGAGCCUGCCUCAGUUUUUGGACGUUUACCGCCCACGCACAACAUGUCAAUCUUGAUGUGCGGUCUGAUGCCGACCGCCUGUUCGGCACCAUCACUCGACACAGCCACCAGUGGGACCAUGUACUCGUCGACUUCAAGAGGCCAGAGGGCAAAUUCAAGCUUCAGCUUUCGUUCUACAUGGAAGCUGGCCUAGUUGCUUUGGAUGACAUAAGCGUCUACACUGGAUCAUGCCCACAAAGAGACUUUUGCUCCUGGGAAGUUGGAUCUUCGUGCCAGGUGACACCAGGUCCGAACAGCUACGACACCUGGGAAGUUCGUCGUGCCUUGCAUGUAGGCUUUCCAGACCACACGACCAAGAAUAUGAACGGGCGCUACUUGUACCUAAACACGACGGAAGUCCACUCGCACAAUCCUGUGUCCAGGGUCUUUAUGGAAAGGCGUCCACCCACUGACGCCACCUGCAUUACUUUCUGGUGGAGCGGCUAUGGCAUCAGUAGCCGACUGAAUGUAUACAGAUUUACGACAGAAAGAGCGCUAAGCGAUCCUCUGGUGUCCGUAGGUUCGCAUGCGCAAGACGGCCAGUGGAGGGCACGUACCGUAACUGUAACUUCAAGCACAUCAUGGAACCUCGUCUUUGAAGGUUUGGCAAUAGGGGCAUUCACCGCACAGUCUGGCAUUAUGGUAGACGACGUUGAGUUUGCUGAAGGACAGUGUCCGCCAUUCGAAUACUGCACAUUCGAGGAUGAAUGCCUGCUUUGGGACGUUCUCAAGAAAGAUGCCAUGCCACCACAGGCGGCAUUCGAGGUGGUGCGGGCGGGAUCCUUUACCGAGCUGCCCCGAGACCACACGACGCAGAGUGAAGACGGCUACUACCUUCUCUUCAAGAACACGGGCACGAAAGGGAAUAGCACAUCACUAACACUGCUGGAUACAAACCGAUACCAAUGCGUAUACUUAUGGUACUACAUGCCAAAUCUCCCUGAUGGCGUACAGCUCUAUGUGCAGGGCGAAAGAGUUCCAAGUUCAAACGGCACAUGGAAGCAUUAUCAAGCUCGGCUUCUGACAAUCUGGGAUGAUCCCAUUUCCGCAGUGUCAGGACUCAAUCCGAAAGGCUUCGUAGCUAUUGACGACGUAUCAGUCAGCGAGACGGCGUGCGAAGAACUGACGCGUUCAAACGAGGGGUUUUACUGCGGAAACAAGACCAUUAAUAUUGAGCGAGUCUGUGACUUUGUGACGGACUGCGAUGACGGCGCUGACGAGAAAGAUUGCGGUCAGUGCGACUUCAACGAAAGCUCUUGUGGCUGGAAGAACCACUCCUUGACGAACAUGGGCCCUACUUCAUGGCGUCGCGAAGCAAUCGGAAGCGUCGAAAACUCCCCUCAGACCGGAUCAGAUGGAAGUCGACACGGACAUUACCUCCUGCUUCGAACGAACGGGAAGAAGAAGGAUGAUUAUUCGGCACCCGCAGGACUUGAUUCUCCCGUGAUAAGGAAUACAAACAAAUUAUGCACUCUCUCAUUUUACUACAACUACGCGUUCAUCGAUGGCCAGGAAAUGGAUGUCACCCUUAACAUGAUAGCCAGUGGUUAUCAUUUUCAAGUGUGGGAUAUUGACGCCUUAAGUGACAAGCCAGAAGGAAACACCUGGAACAAAGCUGUUGUAGAAAUCGGGCGCUACUCACAGGAAAUCAGCUUUUACUUCAUCAGUGAUCAGUACCCACAGUCUCUAUCUGUGUUUGCCGUGGAUGAUAUCAGAUAUAAUAACUGUGCAUUGCCAGCUCAAGGGAACAGUUGCUCUGAUAUCGAUUUCCACUGUUCGAAUGGAGCUUGCGUAAAGAAGGAAGAGGUGUGCAAUUAUGUCGAUGACUGCGGGGACAACAGUGAUGAAGAACGCUGCGGGGACUAUCGUUUGAGCUGCAAUUUCGAAAGCUCCUUCUGUGACUGGACACCACAGCUCUCGCCUGAUGGAAAAACAAAGGGCAGCUGGCGUUUGGCUCAUCCGUACGAUCUUCUGAUACACUCGCCAACGAGAGAUCAUACGACAGGCUUACCAGAAGGUAAAUUUCUGCUCUUCGAAGCUACCUCUAAAGUUGAGAAGGCAAUCAUCAUAGGUCCUACUCUCGACAACUCCUCAUAUUGUGCCGUGACGUUUUUCUUUGCCAUGCAAGGAACGACCAGGCCACAACUUUCACUCGCUAUCCGUUCGACCAAAGAUGGUCGCUGGAAGACGGUGUGGAAGCAAUCAAGACCAAGCAACAUCUUGCACUUCGUUGGCAUCAGCAAGGAAUUGAAGAGCGCUGCUCCAUAUCAGGUGGCAUUCAUAGGAGAGCACAGGACUUCUGAUGCGUAUGGCUACAUUGCCGUUGAUGACGUGCAUUUCUGGGAGACUUGCAACGCAACCGAUAAAGAACUGCCCGCGGAACAUGCCUCAACAGUGCCUCCCUUCAUGUGUGGUGAAAACGAGUUUCAGUGUGGUGAGCUGAAUGAGUGCAUCCAGAAGUCUCAGCUGUGCAACUUCAAGGCAGACUGCUCGAAUGGAGUGGACGAAUCUAGAUGUGGAUUCUGCGAGUUUACCACAGAUUUGUGUGGCUUGGUGAAUCGGGAUGCCAGUGCGCGUUACGGCUGGAACUGGACGACGGUGCAAGUCGGGAAGAAGAACAAGGACUUCCCUUCCACAGACAGCCGAAUGAACGAACAUGGUGUCUACGCUGUGUAUGCGUUGCUCAAUCCAGGGGGAGCGCAGCUGAAUUUUGGAGUUCAGUAUCGUCCGGUGAACCGCACAAGGAGAAAUGCUUUAAGGACUCUGGCAACGCUCAGCGCAGCAGAAGGCGCAGGGAAAUGGGUCAAGAUUCAAGUAAAAACAGGAAACUGGAAAGCCGGAGUACGGUUCCUGUACACGGCAAAUUCUACUGGCGUGAGCAUAGACAACCCGGAGUACAAGAUGUGUCACCCGGAUACUCAAAGUGAAGGAUGGGAGGCUGCUCUUCACGUAAGCUGCGACUUUUCGGACUUCAUGAACUGUGGCUGGUUCCCAGAGAACCUUGAGGACGACAUCUGA